GCACUGACACUGACCUCAUCGCCUCAGGCCAAGACCUCAUCGCAUUUAGAUAAUAAAAAAGAAAUCUUUGGCGAUAGAUAUCUAGUAGGUACUAGAUAACACAGGAAAAGAAGAAAAAUGCUGAGUAUCGUCGUAGUACGGAGCACGAGUGUCCCGGUCGAUAGUCGAUAACGUCAUGUCUGUGGUCGAUAGUAUCGUAGGUAAUGAUACCUACGAUAGAUACGAUACCUACCAUGUAGGUACUGUUGUACGAAGUACUUAAUAAAUCCAUGGUAUCAUCACAGACAUAUUUUACAGCUGUUUGUUCCUGAAAAAAAGCAACGGGUCUACCAACCAUAUAAAAACCGUUCAUUUUAUCCUUUAUUCAUUUCCAUUCAAUUUUGACAUGGCGUCACGUCAAUCGUAGUUCUAUGUUUUGUGCAGCACAGCAACUAUUGUUGUUAAAAAAUGAUUUAAUAACCCCAUGAUUAUGUUUAUGUGACAAAGAUUAAAUAUUAACGUAGAGCAAUUGCCAAUAAUAACGUAAAUUGACAAUUCCUAGCUGUAGUCGCGUACAAAAUGACGACACACGAUGUUGCAGUAAUCCACCAUCAGCAAAUGCACCAUGAGAUUGAAGUUCCCGUUCUAAAUAUAGUGGGUUUAGUUCCUAUGCAUCAUCAGGCUCAAAUAAUACACGAACAACCGCAACAGCCACAAUCGCAGCCUCAGUUAAUACAGCAACAACAACAACAACCGCCGCCCGAACAACACAUCCCAGAGCCUCAACCGCCUCCUCAACAGCCACAUGAACCAAACCAGCCAGUACAUGAAGAACGGAAACCGAAAUUGGAGAAAAAGAAAAAAGAAGCUAUAGACGGCCAAGCGCGGGAAAUAAUUUUCAAGGUUAUAAGAUUUUUCGAAAGUGAAAAACAAAACAGAGGCUACGCAUUCCCAGUUGAGAAUGUUGUUAAAAGGGCGUGCGCCGCGACUGGCCUAUCGGAAAGCACCAUAAAAAGAAUUAAAAGGGACGGUUUGCGUGCCGAAGCGACUCAAACAAAAAUGACAGGGCCAAAGAAGAAAAGAAUUAGAAAAACUAAAGUCCAACUGGAUUACUUCCAAUUGUGUGCGUUAAGAGGUAUUGUGAACAGUUAUUCAAAUAGGAAAGAAGUGCCAACUUUAGGGAAAAUAUUAGCUGCGGCUAAACACGAACUCAAUUAUAGAGGUGGAAAGGAAUCAUUGAGGCUUAUACUGUUGAAUAAGCUUGGUAUUAAGUUUAAAAAGUGUGAAAAGAAAAACAAGAAACCUGCCGAGCCUACUCCACAGCCCAUGCAGAUGCCCACUCAGAUGCAACAUCCUCAAAUGCAGCAAAUGAAACCAAUGGAGAACCAAUGUGUUUAUACUAACCUCAUGCCGCAAGUCCCUCCUGUAUCAUAUUAGUUUAGGUUUUAGAGGUAAUAGGAUGAUAGCAAUCAAAUAAUGCCUUAGAUAGGCUAUAUGCACAGACCUAUGUAUAAGUUUAAAAUAAAACUGUAAAUACAAUUCUAAUGUAGAUUUUCUACAUCUUUGGAUUUAUGAAGUCUCAGACAUGAACAUAAUUUAUCACGAUACCCAAGGGGCUAACUCUUCAUCAUGUAUCAUGAGAGAGAGUGUGAUCAGGUUUAGUGCUCUGAAUUCAAUAUGUUAAUAUAACAGGACAAUGUUCACUUUGAGUGGAACUUUUUGCUGUAUAAUCUUUCCAAAAUCAAUCUAAAUGAUAUUUCAAUACAGCUCCCUAUUGUGCUAAUGACUUCUGCUGGAUUACAGUUGAACCUCAUAGUUCUGCUUUCUUUUAUUGUUCCAGUAGUAGGUAUCUGGAUCAAAACUGAGCAGUUAUCAUUGCUGUAGUCAAAACAAAAAAUUUCAAAGAUAGACUCGUAACCAAAACCAUAAAAAAAUGCAAAUUCAAUUUAGUAAAUUUAUUUAUUAAAUUGAGGUUCAAAUGCAAUGUGACCGUAUUAGCGGAUGAUUUGAGGGCGAAAUCCGGAAUGUCCAAAUUAAGUUAACAGCAAUACUUUUUAUAUGAAUGAAUGAAAUGAAAUCAGACCUGAUUUAGAUUAUCCCCUAUACAGCUGCAAAAACCGCAUGAAAUAUCAUCCAGUAGUUUUCGAACAAACAGACUGACUAAAAUUGUAAAAAAGUUAUAAUGGUUUCUAUUAGCCCCAUAAAGACCCCCAUAAUUAUUAUUCUACAAUAUCUCCUAUGUACAGACAUAGCCCAUUUACAGUUUUAUUUAUGUAAAUUCUAAUUUUCAUUAUUUGUCACUGAAAGUUUUAAAAGUGACUUAUAGAACUGCCCUGCCCUAAUCGUGAAUCUCAUGGAAUAUUAUCAUCUGUAUAUAGUUUCUCCAUUAUUUUAUUCAAAUUAUUAAACUCAUUUAAUCAUUUCAAAUUGUGUUAGACAUUUUUUAAUAAUUAGGUAUGACACAGAAAUUAUUGAUUUUUAAUUCAUUAUGUGUAAAUACCAAUAACGAAAUACCUAAAUGAUAAGAUAGAUACUUUGGGCAGAACCUAGAUGCGAAAGUAACAUUCACUUUUAGUAGUCCUUAGCUUUGACCCCUGUAAUUAAUACGAAAAUCUUAAUGAGCGCCCUUUUUAGAAGUGUUAAACUUGAAACUUCUCAUAAAGGUUCUACCCAGAGUAUCUUACCAUGUCAUAUGUUAUAUAACACCCUGUAUUGUUUUGUUAGAAUAAAACACAUUGAAGGAUUUUUCUUGGGUUGCUUUAUUCUCUUAUAAGUUAUAGAUGUCGCAUUGUUUAUUUGUAGAUUAGGUUUUUCGGUGUGAUAUUUUGUUUAGAUUUUGUGCAAAUAUCUGGAUAUCAAUGUGUCUUGUGAAAACAAUUUUAAAGAUUAAAAUUUUUAAGUAAAAUUUAUACAUGCAAACAAAAAUUCUGAGCAAAUCACUUACUAGGUACCCUGUUUUAAUUAAAUGUAUAAUUUGUUUAUAACUUGUAUGUAUUCUGCCACUGGGGGUCUACCAUGAAACAUAAAACACAUAGCACCUAUUGCGUCCACACACUCUUUUUAUUUACACGAUGGGUACAUAUAUGGGGAAAAGGUUUGUAUGCUUCGUGGUAGGCCUUCUGAAUGUGGUCGCGCCACCUCGUUCUCGGGUGAACGUCAUGAUGGAGGUACAAAGUCAUGGAUCGAUCGAUUACGAGAUCGAAUAUACGUUUAGUACCAUAAAUCUACUAUUUGCAACUUUAUAAAAAAAAUGUUGUAUAAUUUUUUCAAAAUCUUGGCCCCUCUGUUCUGACGCAACGCCUCAGCCCUUCUUGGCAGAAUGAACUUCUUGGCGAAAAAUCAUGUUGUCUUUGCCUAGAAACAAAAUGGCUUUUUAAAUUUGCUUUUAAUUUCAAAUUAUGUCUAUUGUGCCAGUGUAAAAAUAAUGAGUUACAUAUUGUUUUUCUAUUGUUACAAUGAUCCCUUUUAUGUGGCAAUCUGUAAUAAUAUUUAUAUGUAAAGAUGGUAUAUUUUUGUUCAUUAUAUUAAUGAUAAAUUAUGAAUAUAUGAUGUAAGGCUGAAUAUAAUUAUGUAUAUUAUACUUAUUUUAGUCAAAUAAAACUAAUUUAAGUUGUAAA